AGUUCCGGUACCAGCUUGAGACUGCACAGAUCAUGGGACGAUAGUGAGUGGCACUUGUCAGGCAGACAGAGGAGGAGGAGCAACUGUAAACUGCACUAAGAGUAAAAGUCAGCGUAGACCCCGCUUAGCACACAGGGACGCCGAGACGUUUGAUCAGGGAAGACUAGAGCGCCGACUGAUGGACGAGCCCAAACAAGCAGACCUCGGAGACGCCGGGCCAGAUGAUCCCCUCCGGCCCCCAGAGUUACCCGCGAAACGACGCAGGAGCCUAUAUUCUCAAAGCUCCAUUUCUGACCCGGGUUCAGAAUGGGACCCCAACAAUACUUUCACACCCCAGAAUGAGACGCGCACCCGUCCACGGGAUUCUUCUGCACCGACCGACUGCCAAGCGGACCAGUGCCCCAUACACCAUCGCCAUGUCAGAUUCCUGUCGGAAAACUCGCCACCCCCCCUGCCAAAAAAGCGACUCGUCAGGGCCCUUUCCCUGCCAGGGGGCAGUCUGUCGCCCCGCUGCUCUUCCCGGCUGAAAGGCCAAAAUUAUGACAACCUCAUUUACAUGAUCAGACCUAUGAAAAAUCUGCAGAUACACACCGAGGCGGAUGAUAAUCUACCAGCUGAGGGCCCGGUCCAGUUAAACCUGAACAUGCUAGACUUCAAUACCCCAGACAAUCAGCUGUCCAGCUUUUUCAAGAACUUCAAGAACCAGGAAGAGAUCUCUCUCCAUAUCCAGCAACGACAACUGCUGUUUCUGAAGAGCGUGGUGCAGCGACUGGAGACAUUGUAUCUUAAAGGGGAGUCCAACCAAGGGGUGGAGUCCCUGCAGCCCGGAGACUUUAUGCUGAGUGGGGGGCAUGCUUGCAGGCAUAUUGGUGGCACCAUCUACUACCCCGUUGUUUGCCCCAAACUGCCAGCACGUGUGUUUGCAGCCAAGGCUGUCAAGUCCAGCACGGAGACUUCCGGAUUGCCUCGUCCAGCGAGGCUGCCGCCCCACGUCAACAUUGAGAAAGUCUUUGCGUAUUUUAAACAAUGCCCGACCCCGGCUAAAGAGAAGAAGCUGGAAAAUAUCAGACAAGAAGGCCAGGAGAACAAACAGGAAGACAUUACCACUGAAGGUGUCCGCUUAUCUGAUGCACAGUCCUCAGUGUUUUUGUCUGAGAGCAGCACAGAACUAGAUAGGAAUCUACCGGGCUGCCCUAAUGGUGAGAGUCGCACGAUUCUUUCACUCUUGUCAGAGGGCUGCGACAUAGCUGUUGUCAAACAGGUGCCUUGGGGGACCUUGGAGGAGUUUGUGCAAGAUGGAGUGUCGCUCCACCGCGCUCAACCUGAAGCAUAUGAGAGACGGCUGGGCCUGCUCCUGCUGCAGGUGACCCAGGGGCUGCAGCAUCUGCGCAGCCACGGCGCCACGUGCACACAGCUGCACCCACAGAGCAUCCUGCUGGUGUGGCCAGAGGCCGAGGGUGGAGGGGUGGGUGACAGGGCACAGGAAGAAGGCAGGGACCUGAGAGGAUCCAUAGAAAUUCUGUGGGGGGAAUGGGGAGCCCCACGAAUCGUACUCACCGAUUCCCGUCCGCUGCCCGAGGCAGACGAAGCCCAGGACCCAGAGGAGUUACAGCUUGGCAGUCUUCUGAAGCACUGCUUGCACAUUCCAGAAAACCCCUCUGCUGAAGAUGCAAGGGGAGCCCCGGGGGAGACUCUGGGGUCUCCCUAUACCCCUGGCUUGCUCCAGCUGGCCGCCUCGCUCCAGGAAGGCAAGCUGCAAAUGUCGGACGCCAUCGGGGUCUUACAGGUCCUGCUCUGGGGCCCGAGGCUCCUCCAGCAGAACCCAGCGGAGCAGCUGCUGAUCGAGAACUGGCUGUCAGUGAGGCGCUCACUACUGGUGCUGAAGCUGGCGGAGAGGGGCCUCUCCGUGGACCAGCGCGCGCUGCAAUGGGAGGACUACUUAUGUCUACAGUACCACAGCCUCACUUCCCCAGACACUAUACUAAAAAGCACUGAGGUCCUGGGACUUGGAAGCUUCGCACACUAAUGCUAAUGCUAAAUUACUCUGCAGGAGGAUCUUAAAGCGCAUUAGUCUUUGCUGCUGACGCAUGUGUCAGGAGCUGGACACCAACGGCACUUGUCGCAAAGUGAAACCCUGACUUGCAGAUAUUCUAGGCUACGCUGAGAACCCAUAGAAACACAGCAAAGAUACAAUGUAGCACACAGCGGCAUGUAUAACAACAGCUAUAACAGCAACGUCACACCCAGUAUAGAGUUCAUAUAAAGAUUUGACCAGCUCUUUAUUUAGAGCGUCUUACUAAUUACCUUGUCAGACGACGUACGGUAGUCCUGAAAUGGAUUCAGUCACUGGCUGGACCACACCCGUCACAACAUGUCAAGCUGUAAUGUAAUGGUGAAAAUGUUGUGUAUUGUCUGCUAAAAAACUCAAAAGAUUUAAACUAAAGUAUAUGUUAUGCAAUAAAAUUAAGAUUUGCAUCCCUCAAAAGAAUUAUUUAUAUGUAAACAUUUCACUUUGUGAGUAUUAAAACCAUUUUUAAAACUGGAUGCAAACUAAGGGUGUGCAAAUAAUGUUUUUUCAGUUAAUCAUUUUUAAAAACAAGAUCUGUGAUAUUUUAUGAUCCAUAUUUUAGGCCAAUAUGCAUUUUCUGGUUUUCUAGGUCCAUUGUACUGUACUGAAUUGGUACUGGACCGUAUUGCAUUGCAGAUUUUGGGGCCACGUGCCUGGGCUGUCAAUCGAGAUACUUGUCUUCUGGUGCUCAGGCAGCAGAAGCAUCACUGCACCUCAUGUGCCAUUAGUAGUUAACAUUACACUUGCCCUUAUGUCAGCAGACACUUUCUUUGCUCAUGUAAGAAGUCUUACGGCAAAUCUGUAUUAUUCAAUUAUAAACCUGAAAAUUAGCUG